AUGGUCCACCUUACCAGCGUCGCCCAAAAGAAGGGCAAGAGCAGCGACUCGAAAGGCCCACCACGGCGCUCUUCAACGGUGCUGGGCCUUGAGCACAUCUCGCUUGAGGCACCGGGCGAGGAUGAAUUCUCUACCUCCGUCUACGGCUCUCGGUUUGCGGCAGAGGAUCUUCCGUCGCACGAGAUGCCAGAGAAAGAGAUGCCCAAGGAGGUAGCCUACAGAAUGAUCAAGGACGAGCUGAGUCUUGACGGGAACCCUAUGCUGAAUCUUGCAAGUUUCGUAACGACAUUCAUGGAAGACGAAGCCGAAAAGCUCAUGGUCGAAGCCUUCCCCAAGAACUUCAUCGACUACGAGGAGUACCCACAGAGCGCAGAACUGCAGAACCGCUGUGUCAAUAUGAUUGCCAAGCUCUAUCACGCUCCAGAGGAAGAAGAUGGCAAAAACGCGGUCGGCACAGCCACUGUCGGCUCCAGCGAGGCUAUCAUGCUGGCUGUCCUGGCCCUGAAGAAGAGGUGGGUCAAUAAACGAAAGGCCGAAGGCAAGGACUAUUACCACCCGAACAUCAUCAUGAACAGCGCGGUGCAGGUGUGCUGGGAGAAGGCAGCGCGAUACUUCGAUAUCGAGGAGAAGUGGGUUUACUGCACAGAAGAUCGGUACGUGAUCGAUCCUGAAGAGGCCGUCAAACUGGUCGAUGAGAACACUAUUGGCAUCUGCUCGAUCCUCGGCUUGACCUACACUGGAGAGUACGAGGAUACCAAGGCCAUCAACGACCUCCUGGUGGCAAACAAGAUCGACUGCCCGAUCCAUGUCGAUGCUGCAUCAGGUGGCUUCGUGGCUCCUUUCGUGAACCCGAACCUGAAAUGGGACUUUGAGCUUGAAAAAGUGGUGUCCAUCAACGUCUCAGGCCACAAGUACGGCCUCGUGUAUCCUGGUGUAGGCUGGGUGGUGUGGCGAUCACAGGAGUACCUCCCCCAGGAGCUGAUCUUUAACAUCAACUACCUCGGCGCGGACCAAGCUUCAUUCACCCUCAACUUCAGCAAAGGUGCUUCGCAAAUCAUCGCACAGUACUAUCAACUGAUCCGUCUGGGAAAGCGAGGCUAUCGAAGCAUCAUGCUUAACCUCACACGGACAGCAGACUACCUCGCAGCUCAGCUGCAGGAGCUGGGGUUCAUCAUCAUGUCUCAGGGUGGUGGGCGAGGAUUGCCGCUGGUAGCCUUCCGCCUCGAUCCUGACAAUGAGGAUGGGUUUGAUGAAUUUGCUUUGGCUCACCAGCUGCGAGAGAGAGGUUGGGUUGUGCCUGCGUACACGAUGGCCCCUCACUCCGAGAAGUUGAAGAUGAUGAGAGUGGUCAUUCGUGAGGACUUCAGCAAGUCGCGGUGUGAUGCGCUUGUUACCGAUAUACGACUCGCGUACAAGACUCUUACGGAAAUGGACAAGAAGACGAUGGACAAUUACAAGGAUCAUCUCAAGAAGCACACUCGGCAAGGCAAGCGUGCGCAGACGUUCAGCGUGAACGAGGAUCAUUCGCUGCAGGCGAAGCAUGGCAAGACGCACAAUGUCUGCUAG